GCGUGACCUAUGGCGGAAGUGCAGGUGGAUCAUUGAGCUCUGCUCGUAGAAUGUAGAACGUCAAUUUUACGCAAACAGAAAACAAACAUGGCCCUUAACAGCAAUAAUUCUGAAUCUGGAGGAGUUAUCAUCAACAACAGCGAAAGUGUCUUGAUGUCACAUGAGAAUGUGGAGCUGGUGUUCAGUGACGCAGAACGCUUGCCAGAACCCUUCAGAAAAAGCAAGAAGGGAAGCAUCUACCUGACACCUUACAGGGUGAUCUUCUUGACUAAAGGGAAGGACCCUCUGCAGUCUUUCAUGAUGCCCUUUUAUCUUAUAAAGGGCUGUGAGGUCAAACAGCCAGUGCUUGGAGCAAACUACGUCAAGGGCACAAUCAGCGCCGAGCCUGGAGGUGGCUGGGAAGGUUCUGCAACCUUCAAGUUGAUCUUCUCUGCUGGAGGAGCGAUUGAGUUUGGACAGUACAUGCUACAGGUGGCAUCACAGGCAUCCAGAGGGCAACCAGUGACGGGAAAUUUCGGCUGUCCUUACAUGGCGAACGGGGCGUACGCUUACCCUCCACCUCCUCCUGCUAAUGGCAUUUAUCCCGGACCCGCUCCUCCUGGAUAUGUCUUUUCUGGACCUCCACCUCCAGGUGGCGCCUGGUUUGAUGGACCCGCAGCCUACAUGCCUCCUCCCCCAUAUACAGCUCCAGCGGACCAAGCUCCUCUCGACCCAGACCUGCCCAGGACCCCUGCAGCGGAGGCAAAAGCAGCUGAAGCUGCAGCGAGUUCCUCUGCAACUACUUAUGCUCCGAUGCGGGUCUACCUGCCGGAGGACAAACCCCCACCCUACUCCCCACCGGAUGACAAGAAGAACCAGUAGACGCGUCUGCAGCGAGCGAGCGCACAUCCUCUCCUCUCUCCGUAUUCUUCAUUUCAUCCUCUCACCGUCUCCCGCCACACUUGACCAGACUCGCGGCGACUGGGGCUCCAGUAGGGGGCAUUAACAUGACCUGGCCUGUGUAGAGGGACGAGAGAGACACGCCAAUAAAACAACUAAUGAAUUCAUAGCUCGUGAAUGAAAGGGACCUACAAUCCGACAGUAAAUGAUUGAGCUUUUCUAAAUUUAUUUAUGACCUGAUUUUGUAUAGAUUGAGAAGUAUUUUGCUAGUUGCACAAGAGUUACGGACAAGGCCCAAAAACGUGGAUGUUCUCAUUAACCCGACUAAUAUUAGAUGCAGGAUCACAUGAGCUUCACUGGCUGUUGCUGCUCACUUGUUAAACACUCAGUCGUCUCAAACGCCUUUAAAAACCAAACACUUCCGGAUACAUAUUCGCUGCUAAUCAAUGUGAACGCGUAAUCCGUCAAAUGCAUCGCUUAGCUAAAACUUUUAUUGUGCAGCGAGUUUCACUUUUACGGAGGCGUAUUGCAUU